AGAUAAAAAAAUUUGAUACUGCAAAACAAAUGACUGCGCUAACGAAAUAUGCUAACCUCUGCCUCGGAAGUUCGUUAACCCGAAAACGAUAAAAAGUAUAAAGAAAAAAUUAAUUGCAGACGAAGAUAAAAAUCGGCAAAUCUGGCGCGAUUGGAAACGAAGGGGGAGAGUUACGUCCCCAAAGGACGGAACAUAGCGAAGCACACGUGCGAAUUACCGGAAACGUCAAACAGUAAUUUGCCAAGAUUACCACCGAAUGCUAAGCUGCUCGCGCGCAUUAAGAGAACAUUUCAGAAGCUCAUUCAAGUCUCCGAGAGACAUCCUAUCACGAGAUUUUUAUUGCGCAGCAGAGCUGCUGUGGCUUUUGAGAAAAAGAGACACGGACGCUCGCCUCAUUGGUGGAUCAUUCAUCCUUGCAGUAAUUUGCGGUAUCCAAUGAUUUACCGAUUGCUUUUGCUGCUGUACGAAGUUCAUAAAAAUACUCAAGCCGCAUCGUAUACGGUGAUGAAUAUAAUGAAAAUGACUUUUGUCACACAGGUUCAGAUGGGAAAUCGUGAUGUCAGUGACGUUUCUCUACCUGUUCAUAACAGUGCCAUUCGUCCACGCGUUUUAUCGCAUGUGCAGCAAAGAGUAUUCAAAAAAAUUUGACUUUCUCAACCCCGCAUACGCCAUAUGCGUUAUCGAUAUUUUCAUGAAUUUUUUCACCGGUUUCACGUCCGUCGAUGGUCAUGAAAUUUAUCUCGAUCCCUCGCUCAUCGUCAGGUUAAUUCCCAUCAAGAACAGACAGCAAAAAAUGAGUGCUGGACGAGAAAAAAUCGGAAUAAACGAGCCGUGGGGACUAAAAUUUCGUUGCUUUCAGGCACUACAGUCAAGGAUAUUUUCUAAUCGAUUUACUAACUUCCGUUCCUUACACUUGGUUCAUUUCUGGCCCCGUCGCGACUCCCGGACCGGAUGCCAAUUUUUCGAAAGUCAUUGCCGAGUGUCUGCUACUCUUGAAGCUGCUUCGCUUGCGUACGGUUCGUCGUUACAUGAAAAAAUUUAGCACGGUACGCGAAGAAAAUUUCAAUUUCAAACAAUACGAGUCACGAACAUUUUCAUUUCAAUAAGAAUUCCGAGGGCAACGGUACGAGAAUAAAAAAAGUAAAAAUCAGUGAUGAUGUUAUUAAUAGUAAUAAAGGUAUUUGGAUUAUCGGUCGUGUGCGAUGUUGGAUUGUGGCUGUGCAUUCUUACCGCCUUGAUACUUCACUGGAGUGCCUGCAUCACUUACGCCUUUCCAUUUUUCAUGUUGCAUGCAACGCGAGCCACCGUCGAGGUAUCAAAUCAUUUUGCCAAAUUUCAUCUGGACGUCGCCGGCUGUUUUUAGCGUAAAAUUUCGUCGUGCGAUGGGAAUUUUUUUCACACGCGUCGUUUCGGUCAAUCAUGACCGUCGAAUUUUUUCACUGAUGGAUAGCAGUGAAAAUAAAUAUUUGAUACUGUGAAGGAAUAAAAUGAAAAAGGAACAUUGCGCGUGCGCCUUUUUCAAGCGUCUCGAUACAGUUUGGUGUGAGAAAAAGUCUCGUAGCGCGACUGAUGGUUCAAUCCGACAAAUAAAAAUGUAAAUUAUGCGAAAUGAUGAACGAAUGAAAUUCGAGGAGUCAGAAAUUUACGCUGUGAAAAGUGGCCUCCACGAAGAAUCGACUCCGCGAAUAUAUCUUGUUAGUCUUCACAUGGGUGUCAGCAAUUUGGUCGGCUCGAGUUUCGUCGAAUUUAAAAAAAUAUCUGACGCCGAUAAAAUGAUUCGAUGCCUCUUGCUGAUCUUCGGUACUGGUUACAUGAUUUAUCUGAUAGUGAUUGUUCUACAGUUUACUCAAUCAUUGGCUAAACCUGAGCUCAAAUAUCAAGAAAUAAUGCACGAAGUGGAAGAAUACAUUCGUGACAAAAAGCUGCCAGCGAGAUUGAAGCAAAAGUUAAUCGAUUAUUACGAGUAUCGAUUUCAGGGCAAUUAUUUCAAGGAAAAUGCAAUUUUUCAUGCACUAUCCAGUCAUCUCAGACAAGAAAUAACCGUUCGCUUGAGUCGCGGCUCCCUCGAAACGGCGAGCAUCUUUCAAAAUUUGCCCAGAAAUCUUCUCAGCAGUAUUAUGGCUUCACUCAAGCCCGCCAUCUAUCUUCAGGAUGACGUCAUAUACAAGUGUGGAAUGGAUGGAGAUUGCAUGUAUUUCAUUGCCAGUGGCACCGUAGCUGUCAUAAACUAUCUUGGAGUAGAAAUUUGUCACUUGAAGGACGGCAAUUAUUUCGGUGAAAUAUUGUUAAUAUACCCGGAGCGUCGUAGAAACGUGACUGUGAUAGCGCUCGAAGUCUGUGAAUUUUUGCGUCUCGAGCGUCCGGAUUUCAAGCGUUUGGUAACGCCGGAAACCGAAUUAUACGAGCGUCUCGUGAGCGUAGCCACGGAGAGAUUGGACCAUACGAAGACAAUCGACGAGUUGUCUGAGAGAAAGGAGAAGGCAAGACAAAGAAGAAACCCUGGGUACAGCGAAGUGUUGUCCAGCGCACAAAAAAUUCGUGCAGGAAGCUUAUCUAACGAAAAUGUAAACGCUCCGAGCUCUUCAUCCCGUCAUGCCAAACCAUCGAGGCGUUAUUUUCGUAAUUCAGAUUUUUCCAAUCGAGAUUGACAAGAUGAAAAAUAAGAAUAAAAAAAGAAAGGAAGAAAAAUGAAUUUUCUAUUUCUUCAAACAUUUCUUCAAUAUCGAAUAAAUUUAAACAAAAAAAAAAACAGCAAAUUUCCUUAACGAAGAAACGAACACCACAGCAAUGACAUAAUAACAACGCCAACGUUACACAGCUUCAUUGAUUCUUUUUUCUCAUUUUUUUUUCUUCUUUUUUUUGAUAAACACGAA